CCGGCUGCCGCCGCGCGCGGCCACGUGACCGCCUCACAUGGGCAGCAUGGCGGCGCCCAGAGCCGCCCGCGCGCUGCGGAGCGGAGUACCAUCGUGACAGCUGUGGCUGCGUCCUGUUUACAAAUUGCUGCUAGUCACAUUUUCAGUAGUCCUUAAGGGUUUUGCUUUCCCCUAAUACAUCCAAUUAGGAGGAAAUAUUUCUCACAAGCACGGACUUGCUCUUCUCCUUGUAAUGACAUAGUUCUGCAAUCCAGGAAACAGUGCUGCAUGGUGUCCAUGUCCACGAUUUCCUGAUGUGGGAAAAACGUGUGGAAAGCAUCUGGAGAGGAGGAGACCCCCUUUACCAGCUUGUUUCCUGUUCUGUGACUGGCUGCCACAUAAUCUUUUCUUUGUGCAGUCAUAACUACCUGCACAGGCACUCAAGCAAUCAUCAGCAAAGAUGCUUCUUCUUUCAGGGACAAAGAAAUGCUGCUUAUAGUAUAGUUUGGCCAGCCAUGGUUUCUCCAGCUCACCGAGUUCCUAAGCACAUAAAGAAGCCAGACUAUGUGACGACAGGCAUUGUACCAGACUGGGGAGACGACAUAGAAAUUAAGAAUGAAGAUCAGAUUCAAGGGCUUCGUCAAGCUUGUCAGUUGGCCCGUCAUGUCCUGCUUCUGGCUGGAAAGGGCUUAAAGGUUGGCAUGACAACUGAAGAAAUAGAUUCCAUUGUUCAUCAUGAAAUAAUCAGACAGAAUGCCUAUCCAUCACCUCUGGGCUAUGGAGGUUUUCCAAAAUCUGUUUGUACUUCUGUAAACAACGUGGUAUGUCAUGGUAUUCCUGACAGUCGACCUCUUCAGGAUGGAGAUAUUAUCAACAUUGAUGUCACGGUGUAUUACAAUGGCUACCAUGGUGACACUUCUGAAACCUUUUUGGUGGGCAAUGUGGAUAAAUCUGGUGAAAAGUUAGUGGAGGUUGCCAGGAAAUGUAGAGAUGAAGCAAUUGCAGCUUGCAGACCAGGGGCUCCCUUCUCUGUAAUUGGAAACACAAUCAGCUCCGUGGCAUGGCAAGGUGGCUUCCGGGUCUGCCCCUUCUUCGUCGGCCACGGCAUCGGGUCGUACUUUCACGGGCACCCCGAGGUGUGGCACCACGCCAAUGACAGUGAUUUGUUAAUGGAAGAGGGAAUGGCUUUCACAAUAGAUGUGGAACUCAUCACUGACAGCCCAAAUACCCCAAAAAGAUGAGUCUCCGGGCAUGGUGAAUGUUUUUACCCCCUCAUAACUCCUAAAUGUGAAUUUCAGAUCGGCCCAAUUUGAACAUACACUUGUGAUUACCUCAGAUGGAGCUGAAAUCCUCACUAAACUGGUGGAAGAAGCCUAAAGAUGAAGCAAGGAGUGGAGAGACUUGCUGUACUUCCAGGAUUUCAAGUUUCACUCGGGACAGAGAAGAGAUUUCUGUAAUUUCUGAGGGGAAUGAGUGUUGUGUAAGUCACUCCAGGGGACAGAAAAAGCAAUUUGAGGGGUUGGCUCUGGACAUAGUUCUUUCUGUGUAUUACCUAGUGAGUAUUUAAUAAAAGUCCUUAGCUUUUUUGUGACCCUUG